CACCUGUGUCGAUGUGUCAGAAAAUUUUAUACUAUAUUGGACUGUAUAUGACGUUACCUUCAAAAAGUGAGAUUGGCUGUGAAUAUGGAAGUAGAAAUGAAUACAUCAAAAGGGGUUGACACUCAACUUUCGACAAGCAAUUCGGCGGAAUUUAAUAACAGCAUUCGAAAGGACACUGAAAGCAUCGAGAAUGUUGAAAAUUCGUUGUCAUCCCUUAAAAAUGUAACGAUUGAUAGCGAGAAACACGAUGAUACUACUAUAUACGCACAACUGGAAGAUUCAGAAAUUUAUGUAAAAGAUCUGGAAGAUAAUCGAAUAUCAACGAACGAAGAGGAAAAAGUAUGUACUGAAAGUGAGGAAAAAGAAUUCUCAGAGGAUGGGAAAAUUUUAAAAAACGAUUGCAAGACUGAACAAUUAAGAACAAUGUCAGAAAAUUCUACUGAUGGACACGUGUCCCAACCUCCAUUAGCUUUUACAAUUGAUUUUGGCAGUAAGGAAGUUGAUGCAACCAAAUAUCAAAAUUUAUUUGAAAGAUAUAAUGCUAGACAUAAACGAAAUUUAUCUACAUCCAAGGUAGAAAUAAAUACAAAAAAACCUAGUACUUUGGGUUCUUCGAAUUUAAUGCAAAAACAAAAAGUUUCUAGUACACAUUCGGAGGGUUAUUUUAGUAGCGAGGAUGAUACAAAACGAAAAACAGAUCAACUGUCAGAGAAAUUGAAGCAGCUGGGUUCAAAAUCAUCUAAUGUUUCUAAGAAAUCUGAAUGCACUGUAAAAACAUCAAAUUUUCAAAACAAACAAGAUACAAUGUCUAGAUCUUUUGAGCAAUCAAAGCAAAAUAAGUAUUCCAAUAAAAAUCUCUCUUUAGAACUUGGCAAUAUAGACAAAAUAAAUGCCGCACCUCAUUGGCUACCACAAAAAUCUGCAACAAUAAAUGAUUUAAGUCGAAUUCAAUUAAAUAAUUAUGAUGAUGAUACCGAAAAGUUAUAUACGAAAAAUAUUGAUGCUGCAGAUGACUAUGAACAUUCAUCUGAUGUCUCAGAAAAAGUUUCUAAUAUCAAUUAUGUUAAACGUAAAAGCGUUAAUACAAAGGAACAUAAUUUGUCCAGUGUUAGUUAUACAAUGGAAGUAAAUCCAGAUGAUCCAACUGAAACAGAUAUAGAUGUUUUUAAUGUUAGUAAUAUCGAUGGAGGAUCAGAUGGUGCUGUUAGCGAAGCAGGAACAUAUACAAUUCACAAGGAUUACACUGAUGAAGAAAAAGCAAGAAUGGAUAUUGACAAAGUAUUUAGCGUUGGUGUUUUAACUGCAGAGGAAAGAAACGAAGCAUGUAUUCAUAGCUUUAAGAUGUGUGUUUCAAGAGACAAUAGUACAUGGAUAUCAGAAUGGGCGACUCAAGUAGCAGAACAUAAUUCUCUUCCACCUGCAAUCGAUGGAUCAACUAGUUGCACCCCUCCGUUAAGUCCUUCCAAAAUACCGUCUCCUAUUCAUAGUAGAUCUCAAAGACUGGCUCGUAGUCGCUAUGAACAGAAAGAUGGUAAUUUAAAUUCAGAAUCGUAUCUCAGAAUAAGGGAAAGAAUUGGUCUAAUUUCGAACCAAAGUACACUUAUUGAUUCUGGCGGAGAAUCAGAUGACGAUACCAGUAAUAGUUAUAAUACACCGCCACAAAGUUCCCAACAAACACCGGUGCACGGUGCUUUGGCAAGAAGAGGAAGUUUGUCUGAAUCUCUUUUUAGAAGAAUUAACACCAGUGAAGCUAGGAAAAGUAUUCGCAAAUAUUUAAAUUUGAACAAAUCAAAGACUGAAAAUACAGCCACUGAAUUAAGUAGUCCGUCCAAAGAUUUUACUUCCCUUCAUUUAGGAAGACGAAGUAGUUCCUUGGACAGGAGAGAAUGUACAUCGAAUGCAACAGAAUGUAAUACGUCCAAAAAGAGCAGCGUGAAGUAUUACCAAGAUGAUGAAAUUAAAUAUCCAAAUAGUCCCGUUUUGAGUCGUUUAAGACCGUCUACGCCAAAAUUAACUAACAGUCCAAUUGUUGCACGUAAAACAAUCACGCAAAUAGUUAAUUCACCAGUAUUAGAAAGAACUAAACAUUUAGCAAAAUCUUCCCCUCAGGCUAAAAAUAUUGGGUAUUUCACUUGUGUUGAAAACAGUCCAUAUAUGUUAAGGAAAUCUAAUAGUACCGCAAGUUACCAAGAAGGAAACGUUGGCUUUAAUAAUAAGGAAAUGUUAAUAAAAACUGACAGUGUUCUUCAAAAUAGUCCAAUUCUUCAACGUAAUUUAAGUAUCCAAAGAUCUUGCAGCAACGCAAAUAUUAGAAAUGUAAAAUCACAAAGCCAAUCAUCUCGUCGUAGUAGUUUCAAUAGCAGUGAUAUUGAUAAAACAUCUUCGGGAGGAGUAUACGUUGCUGCUUCUGAUAGUAGCAGCGAGGCCGGUGAACAACAGGCAAAAUCUUCAUUAGCUUCAGUAUCCUCUGGAAUUAAAUUAAACCGAGCUUUUAGUAUCAGAAGAGCUAGAUUAAACUGUGAAUCUGAUACUACACCGAAUACUACACCAGAAGAAAGGCGUAGAAGAGCACAAAGUGAAGUAAAAUCAACAGCUAUAAAUAAACAACAAAAUUAUCAUAGAAGUCGUGCGAAUAAUGUGAAUCCGCAUACUAAAGAAUCUUUAAAAAAAUCAGAAAUUACAAAACCUAGAGCUGUAUCUAUAUCAAGAACUGAUAGUACUAGACAGAGUAUGAGAGUGCCAAAAUCGACGCAUCAUACUUCCGGCAUACAACGUCCUAAUCAAAAAGCAAAUAAGGAUCAGAAAUCUGGUAGAAGUAAUUCGACAUUAACUUCCAAAGAAGUAGAAUUCCAAAAUUGGAAACGAAGAAAGAGUUAUGACCCGAUGAAAGCAGCUGCCGAAGGUAGAAAGAAAUUAAUAGAUAAUUCAAAGAAGCAUCACAGCACAGAAGACAGUUCAGGAAACCAUGAUAGUUCCGUAUUAAGAUCGGCAAGUUUCCAUGGAACUGGCGGUGCUCUUUCAUUAACCAAUGAAUGGUCCGACAACGAAUUAAAUAUUGCUCAAGAUGACCAUCACAUACCUCCACCGUGUAGUCCACAGUUGGAAAGCGAUAGUGACUUAGAAACAUCGUAUUACUUACAAACAACACAAAAUGUAGUAUCAGCUAUGUCAGCUCGUAUAACAGUUUGUCGUUCACCUUUAAUAGAUUCAGAUAAUGAAAGCGAUGAGGAUACUAGUCAUAGCUUACAUAAAAAUGUAUCAAAAGCAUUACACGAGCAUACUGAUACAGAAAGUAGUGAUGAUCGUCAGCCUAAUGUCCAUAGUGUUGCCCCAAACACUAAAUAUAACAGAGCAUUUAGUUUACGCAGAGCACGAUUAGACUUACAACCUACUAAAUUGCCUACAAAUGUAAAUAAAAAUAAAUCAGUCACACAUGAUACUCGAGAAAAAUCUGAGUCUGUAACAACCAUUAGCAGAACUGAUUCUGGACGUUUCAGCAUGCGGUCAAGUAGACCAAAUUCAGGAUCUAAGAUAAAACCAAAACCAAAAUUUACAGCGCCUAAUGCAAAAGAGGUAGAAAUGCAAAAUUGGAAACGUCGUAAAAGUUAUGAUCCCAUGAAAGCAGCAAUGGAAGGGAGAAAAAAGGCAGGAUUAGCAAAGAAAAAUGCAAAUGCCAAUCUUUCCCCAAGUAAUGUUGCAAGAUCUCGCAGUUUCCAUGGCUCAUCCGGAUUUGGAGUUAGCGAUUGGAGUGAAGAAGAGCUGGCUAUAUCUGCAGAUGAGACUACAAUUUAUUAAAGGGUCAAGUUAUCGGUAAUAUUGUAUAAACGAAUCUAAUACAAGAAAUUUUGAUUACAACAAUUAAUGUAUAUAAAAGAUAAGAAAAUAAUUCUUACAGAAUUGCUCCAUGAAUAGUUCUAUACACUUAGAUUUAAAUUAAAUGCAGAAGAAUGUUAACAAAAAGUCUUUUCUAUAUUAAAAGAUUCUAUUUUUUGCAACUUUUAAUAGUAAGAAAUUAUAGAUAUGACUGUCAAUAUUGUUCUAAGUUAAAAUAUCACUGUUUAUGAUUGAAUAUUCUUAUAUUUUAGCUUUUUCUGUCACAGUGUAAAUUAUCUGUUGUUUAUAUGUUGUUUAGCAUCGAAUACUACGUGCAUAGAAAAAGAAGGAAAUGUUAGAAUCUUCUGAAAACUAAUGGUAAGAGGAAAGUAAUCGUUAUAUUCUUAGGGCCUAAAAAUAUUGAAUAUUAAGUAUACAAAGUUAUGUAUGUACAUAAUUGGUUUGAUUGUGAUUGGACCAAUUAUAUAAUAACAGAGGUAUAUCAAUAUUUCUGCAUCUUAAUUUUCAUUAUGUGAUUGUUUUCCACUAUAAUAUUUUUCAGAGAAAUUUCAAAAAAUAAUUUUUGACUGUAUUACAUGCUCUCUAGUUUGAUCAAAAUUGUUAGUUUUUAAUAAAUACAGAAUUAUUGUCCAAGUAUGAACUAAGAAAAAUUACCAUGUAUUAAUAUAUACAAACUGUUUGUGUUUCAAGAUAAGCGUUAACAUAUACGAAAAAAAUGCUAUUUGCUCUUGCAAUGUGCAAUAAAUUAAUGUAAUUAUUUUUUAUCUUCAAUAAUUUAAUAAUCAAUGUGAUCAUAAUAUGCUUUAAUAUGCUAGUAUGUAUUAAAGUAAUAUUUUAUUAUUGUCCAAUUUAAUUAUACAUCUUUCCAUUAAUUAUGUAAAUAUUAGGAUACCAUUUAAAUCGAUUAUUCAAAGAGAUCUGUAUUGUAUAACCGUGUAAUAAGAUUAAUGCAAUUUCAAGCAUUAAUCUGUACAAUAAUAGUAUCAUGAUAUUGAGCUCAUUAAUGUAUAAUGAUAAUAUUAUCUAAGAUAAUAUUGUAAAGAAUUUUUAAUGCGCAUUUGUUCAGAAAUUUAUAUUGCUUGAUUAUGCAAUUUGUUGGUAUAUUAUAAAUUUAUCAACCAUUUCAAAUUCUAUGACAUUCAGAUAAAUUAGCGCUUCUAUGUUUGUUCUGGUUAUAGUUAAUUGUAUUUUUUACUGUAUGAUUUUAAUUGUUUGUUAAAUGCUUUGAUAAAUAUCAAGUUUUCUGAAAUAUAUAAUUGCAUAUCACUGACGAAAGUUAUGCAGUGAAAAAUAUACAUACAAUUCAUACGAGAAAGAAAAAUAUUCAAUAAAAUGUAAUGUUGAUCAACACUAUUAAAAGUUCAGUUUUAAGAAAAUUUUGUUACUAAUAAUUGUAUGUUUUGCACUUCUUUAGUAUUGCUAUCAUCAUUGCCAGAAUGCACUUGUACAUAUCUCAUUUUAAUAACUUGAGGUGCUGAUUGUAGUUUAAUUUAAUUUUCAAAAACCCCACCUAUCUGUUCUAUUGUUAAAUACAUACAUUAAGUAAUGUAAUUUAGUUUUACAUGACUUAUAUUUUUGCUCUUAGAUUGAAGAUGUUAAACUUCUUUUAGGUCUGAAUAAUUCUUCCAUAAGUGGUGCAAAACGACUUAUAUAAUAAGGCAAUAUGUUUGUACAUUAAAAAAGUUUUUAAUGUCAUACUACAGGCAUCUAUGACUAUAAAUGCUAUGUAUCAUUACAGCUUGUUUAGACAUGGAUAUUCAUUUCAUGUUCUUCUUUUAAAUAAAAGUGGGCUUCCAUUGUGAA